UUUCUUCGAGCUAUCAUCCAGCAUUUCAUCUAAAACGUAAUGACUCUGUUCUUCAUAUAUACUUUCAAGGCUAAAGUUAGCUUAAGUUGUUUCUCUUGCCUACAGUAUAUUUUCAAAUUCUUAGUCUCCCCUCCACUCCACUAGUCAACUAAGCCGUGAAGCUGUCAACACAUGGCAGUUAGGGGGUGAACUCUUCUAAGGAUAUAACACAUUUUCAGGGAUUGUUAAAAUUUACAUGCAAAAUUGCCAUUUAUUCCCUUUGCGGGUUCAAAUAUAUUCACUGAAGAAGCAGUGUGACACGGGUACAUGAAACUUUCUAUUGUCUUCGAGCUUAGUGUCAUCGUCAGAGUUUUGGCGCGCCUGUUUCCAGCUGAGAGGACACAGUCAUCAUUACAGGAAUGAGAGAGCAUGGAGAGCUGCACACACGUUUUCCAGAUCUCUGGUAUCAAAAAUCGUGACAAGAAGAAAGCUGUAGUCCAGGGAAUCCUGCAGCUGGGUGGAAAAUACAUAGGUGGCUCUGUGUAUAAGUGUGCCAGCACCCAUCUCAUUAUUCCUCAGGUUUUGUCCAGUGAGAAGUUUUUGGCUGCCUGUGCUGCAGGAAAGUGGGUUGUGACUCCAAACUAUGUGCUGGACAGUGUUAAGAAUGGCUCCUGGCUGGCAGAGGAGCCCUAUGAAAUUUCCAUUUCCACUGGCUCCACAUCAGAUUUCUACCCCGUCAGACAGUGGAGGGAAAAGGUGACCAGUGGGAGGCUCACAGGGGCCUUCCAGGGCUGGAAGGUCCUCCUUAUGGUCCAAGAGCCCACCCGCUGGGCCAUGUUCAAACGGCUGCUGAGAGCAGGCAAGGCUAAGGUAUACCACUGCCCUCUUCCUUCUAAUGCCUCUGUUACUCAUGUUAUGGCAAAACCAGUCACAGAGGAUUCAAAAUCCCACAACGCUCCUUGCUAUCCAGUAAGCUUCAUUGUUCAGCACCUCUUUGGGAGGAAUUGUAUGGACAUAUACAACUUGCAGGAUGAGCUUCCAGUUGAGAUUAGGAAAGCCAGCUUUGUUGAUGCAGACUUUUCUAGGCUGGAAGUGGAGCUUAGAGAGUAUGUUCUCAAACAGGAGGGCUGGCCGAGGCUGUGCUUCCUUGAAUUUCUAGGUUACAAUGACCCACACCGUCCGCAAUCCCAGGCUACUGAAACAGACUUCACUAAUGUUGGUAGUAUGAUAGAGUGCGGGCUCUUCAUUGAAGCUCUGGACUCGAUCAGGAGUGCUGUAUACCCCGGCCUGCUGCCACCAGCUGCUUACCUGGUCUCCCUUGUAGAGUAUGCACAGCAGGGGAGUGCCACUUCUGUCUUCCUGAGAAAUUUCCAGCAGGUCAUGAAUAACCUGCUUGUCACCAACCCUCCCUGGUUGGCUCCCAGCUCAGCCAAGAAAUACUUUGCCCAAGUGCUGCAGUGCCCUCGGUGUAAGACAGGCAUGUGGCCUUUUCUUGAGACAGCCAUCAGUUACUGUCUCUCCGGUGAGGCCACCUGUCACCAGCUCCCAGGACCUGCCCUGCCGACAUUGUUACAUUUCCACAGUGACAUCCUGGCUUUGGUCCUGAAGCUCUUUCAAGGAGAGCUCCACUCUAUCACCAAGGGGGAUUUUGUCCUGUCCGAGGAGACUGGACUCUCUCCGUCAUCAUCUUCAGGAUCUUUGCUGUAUGGAACCUUUUGGACUGUCUGGGAGCGCUCCACACUGUUGUCCCGAUCUGUGAAACAACUCUUACAACACUUGAUCCAAGCUGCAAAUGAGGGCCACACUGUAAGGGAUAGGAGGCAGGAGCCACGCAUUUUGCAAACCCUACUGGACUUCCUGUCUGUGUUGGUGGAGUUCUGGUGUAAGCAGAACUUCAAACUGAAUCAGAAGUUGGUGGAAAAAGGACUGAGGGACCUCACCGAGCAUUUUGCUGUAAUCAGCCAGGGUUUGUCUCCAAUGAUUCUCCCAGAUCUGGUUAGCAGGACCCACUCUACAAGACUGAAGUUAUUGAUUGCUGAUGCCAUUUUCAGGGAUCUUUGCACUAGAAAUGGAUUCACAGUUGGAGAUGAUCCCCUUUCUCUAAAGAAAAUGAUGAUCUCCUACCUGCCUGCCCUGGGGAGUUUAGCUAAGAGUCCCACUGAUGCUCGAAUCGGGACUGGACCAACGAGCCAGGGGAUGAGCUGCAGUACUGAGAGCUCUGUGGGGAAAGAAACAAACCCAGAGAAAGAGAACAUCCCCAGAGGUUUACACAGAGUCAACGCAGCAGGAGAGACCCUCCUCCACAGAGCUUGCAAGAGGAACCAAGUGGAAACAGUGCUUCAGAUCCUGGCGCUUCCUGGCACGGACGUCAACGUUAAAGAUUAUGCGGGCUGGACACCUCUGCACGAAGCGUGCAACCACGGCAGCACAGCCUGCGUGGAGGCUCUGCUACGUCACCGCCCCACCCCUGUGCUCAAUAGCCAGGUGGGCGGUGUCAGCCCAGUGCAUGAUGCUCUGCUAAAUGGACACAUGGACAUCGCUAAAAUGCUGCUGGAGCACGCAGGCUCAGUUCUCCUGCAGCAGACUGACGGAGACGGACGGACCGCUCUGGAUCUGGUCUUUUCUUUAAACCAGAGAGAAGAGCUCCUCCACAGCGCGCAGAUCGGCGACGCCUCUUUGAGGAACGAAGCAACUGAGGUCCUGAACCUGCCUCUCCUGGAGGCCGGAUCCUCUCUCCUGGCCCAACUCAUUAUCUCCUACCAGAGAGAGAGGGGCCUGCAGGGUCGAGCACAGCCUGACGACAAACCUUACAGCCUGGGCUGCAGGCUGCUCAGGGCCCUGAAGGAACACUCCCUCCAGAGGGUGACUGCUGGGUGGAGUGACCAGCGGGCGGUGAGGCUGGUGGAGGAUGCCGAGGCACUGUUAGAGCUCUGCAGAGGGAGGUACCUGGGGCAGAUGUGUAGAGCAGUGAUAGAGUGUAAAGGAGAGAAUACACUGUUUCUAAUGGCCAUACUGAAGGACCUGAAGUCACAGGGAGAGGCGCUACAUGCUGACCUUUAACACAGAGAAAAGGACAAACUACUGAAAAAGAUGUGAAUGUAAAACCUUUGCUUUACAUGUUAAGGAGAGGCAUCUGUGUGGGUAAUAUGAUAACAUUGCUUUAAAUGCUACAGGCAAUAAUCCUCAUAUGGCCUUCUGUGGUUGUUAAACUACAGAGUUAUGUGUUUUUUCCAGUUUCCCCAUUCAGAUAAAUGGGUACGCAUGUUUGUAAAGUUAACUGUGUUCAUCUCUAUAGAGAAACUUUGUUUGAUACAACAGUGUGGUCUGAACAUUUUUUAAUUCUAUGGCUGGAAGUCCCUACAUUAAAUGUUUAUAUCGAGUUUUAGUUGUUUUUUAGAACACUGACAUUUCUAUGUAGUUACUACCUCAAGUUUUUGAUCAGCUAAAUGUUUGGACGUUUUUUCACUUGUUCAUUAAUUGUAUUACAAUAAAUGACAUACCUGA